AUGGAGUAUCACCAGCAGAUGCACUGCUCCGAAGGUGGCUUCGAACACCGCACGACACUAUCCGGCCACAAACAAAGCAGGCUGGUCACCGCAACACCAGAAUGGAGGAACAGGUCAACCGGCAUCAUGGAGCAACUGCGCUCGCAUUCAGUGAAGGCCAGAGAGUGUUGGUUCGUGACUACAGUGGUGCUACUUGCCUUCCAGGAUGGGGAUCCCGUGCUCCUCACUGUGCCUGGUUGGAGACACUACAAGAUAUGGCUGCCAACCGAUGUCAAUGGCGCUCUUGUUGCGUCUAGCCACUUUUAUCGAGAACCAAGUGGUUCAAAUGUAACCUUGAUGAUCGCUUACACUUCCUCAGGAUUGCUGUUCAUGGUGCUUGAGCUUACUGGUUCGGGUCGCGGACUCCUUCGUUCGCUCAUGAAUCUGUCUACAUGCAUUCUUAAUCCUACCCCACCUGUCAUUGCCAUCGGUGGACCUACGGGUACUGGAAAAUCCAAGCUCGCUAUUAGUCUGGCUUCGAUUUUCCGUGGUGAGGUAGUAAAUGCCGAUGCCGUACAACUUUACGAGGGGCUAACAAUCGCCACAAACAAGGUCUCCGAAUCUGAAGCCGCUGGUGUGCCUCAUCACCUUAUUGGUUGUUUCCCUCCUGCGUUUGCUUACUGCGCAGAUGUUCAUAAAUACAAGGCCGUUUGCCUCCCUACAAUUGACAAGAUACGCCUUGAAAACCAACGAAUCCCAUUUCUGGUUGGUGGCACACACUAUUAUAUGGAAGCCAUUCUUUGGUCUGAUUUCCUAACAUCAACAGACAAACCCGAUUCGGAUGACUUGGAUAGCUGUAACACCCUAGCUGACAUGUCACCCGAAGCAAGUACGACAGCUGAGAUACCGUCAGGUCACUCAAACCUAGACGGGGGGAGGGCGAGCUGGCUCAGGUGGUUAGAGCGCGAAUUUACUGACCGGAAGAUCCGUGGUUCGAAUCCUACCUCUGCCUCUGGACUUCCCCUGUCUAGGCUUGGGCAACCUGGCGGUAUCCCAGCCCUCGUGCUUCCUUCGGGUAGCAUGGCAGCUAGGCACCAGAAGAAUAUGUCGAGAUGGUUCAAGUGGUUAGAGCGCGAAUCUACUAACUGGAAAGUCCGUGUUUCGGGCCCGACCUGUGCCUCUCGACUUCCCCUGUCUAGGCUUGGGCAACCUGCCAGUAUCCCAGCCCUCGUGCUUCCUUCGGGUGGCAUGGCAGCUAGGCACCGGAAGGGUUGCACGAGGGCUGGGAUACUACCAGGUUGCCCAAACCUAGACAGGGAAAGUGGACAGGCAGAGGUCGGGUUCGAGCCACGCACCUUCCGGUCCGUGGUUCGAACCCGACCUCUGCCGCAUCUCGACUUCCCCUGUCUAAGCUUUGACAACCUGGCAGUAUCCCAGCCCUCGUGCCUCCUUCUGGUGGCACGGCAGCUAGGUACAGAAAGGGUAAAGUGGAUCGUCAAUCGUUUCUUGAAACGCCCACAGUUUGGAAGCAUACCGGUGUAUCGCCUCGACACGACGCCAACUCUGCAUUCCACGAGCCCGGAUUCCUGGGAUCAUCACAUCCUGGCUCCAGCAUGCCGUAUUUUCUACGAACACAUGGUCAAAGUUGGCAAUUGGACAGACCAAUUUGUAUCGGAUUUCGAACGUUUUCGAACACUGCUAGGCUACUGCCCUUCGUCCGACUGUCCCAAGCAGUGUGAUUUCAAACCACUACUGAAGGAAGAACUGGCUUCCCCGUUGAUUUGCACCGCCUGUGAUAACAGGGUUUUCGUGCGACUAGCCGACUUUGAGGCUCACCGUCGGAGUCGUUCUCAUCAAAAACGUGUCUCCAAGUUACGUAGACGGGAACAGAUGCAAUCGUUUCUCUUCUUGGCGAGAUGGACCAAGUGGUUAGAGCGCGAAUUUGCUGACCGGAAGGUCCGUGGUUCGAACCCGACCUCUGAAUCUCGACUUUCCCUGUCUAGGCUUGGGCAACCUGGCAGUAUCCCAGCCCUCGUACUCUCUUUGAGUGGCAUGGCAAAAAAGGCAUUCAGCUGUAGCACGCUUUCGACGCGUGGCUGCCAUGCCACCCAAAGGAAGUACGAGGCCUGGGAUACUGCCAGGUUGCCUAAGCCUAGACAGGGGGAGUUGAGAGGUAGUGGUCGGGUUCGAACCACGGACCUUCGCGCUCUUACCCAUGAGCCAUCCCGCCGCCUAUCAUGCGAUGGUUGCUGGGUCACCAGAGGUGUGCAGUCAGAAGCGGUGGAAAGCGACGGGAAUGCCAGCCCUACUUGGAUCUUGAAUUUUCGUUUCAUUCAGACGACACAUCAAUCGAAAGCGACUAUGGUCAUAGUGGCCGAUUUAACCGGACCACAAAAAGGGGUACGAGAUGGCGCGAAUUUACUGACCGGAAAGUCUGUGGUUCGAACCCAACCUUCGCCUCUCGACCUCUCCUGUCUAGGCUUGAGCAACCUGGCAGUAUCUCAACCCUCGUACUUCCUUCGAGUGGCAUGUCAGCUAGGCAACGAAAAGGUGUUACAGUCGAAUGACUAG